UCAAUCAAUUCCAUCUUACACCUUCGUACUUCCAUUAUUCACUCUCUCUCUCCACUCCCACCAUCCUUAAAGCAUCAAUACGCGUCGUUCCACCUCUUUCCUGCGCAAAAGCUGGCUUUUGCAGAAUCAUGAUAUUUUGAACCCCCUACCAGUUUCACACUAUUUCCUAGUAGCAUAUAUUAUCUACAAAAAGAAAUAGAUUAAAAUAACACAAAGAUGGUAGCAGUAUCACCAUCUUCAAAGAUGGAGAAGCGGAACAGGGAUUGGUCGCAGAUCUAUGCCAUAUACGGCAUGGAUGAAUGGCAGACGUUCUUGUUUCUCUUCUUCCAUGCUUUGGUCUUCUCUGUUGUCUCGAUACUUAUGCUACGCUACUUUGCUCCCGUUGCAGUCUCGCUUUCGGGUCUUCGGAUAUUCUCUCUCCUGCCCGAUGGAUCUGCCCGGUUUGCUGCCGGGUUAAUUGGGUCGAUGACGGCGUUGAUCGCUGUCUGUCUAUUGUUUGCGGCGGCGAACUUUUUAUACUCCGCUGUUCCUCUACGUUGGGAGAUCUCACAGCGUAUGCUCUCUGCUGUUACUGACUGGUCUAAUGUUAAAACUGCGCUUGACGUUGGCUGCGGUAGAGGUAUCCUCCUAAACGCUGUCGCUUUACAGCUAAAGAAACAAGGAUCAUCGGGCCGGGUAGUCGGGUUGGACGAGAAGCGGUCCAUAACGCUACGAACGUUACGGACCGCGGGCCUCGAGGGGGUCCAAGAAUACGUCACGUGUCGUGAGGGCGACGUAAAGAGGCUACCAUUUCGAGACGAUUACUUCGACGUGGUGGUUUCGGGGGCAGCGAUACGUCGGGCCGGGUCAAAAGAAGAGAGGGAAAGGGUGGUGGGAGAGAUGGUUCGGGUUUUAAAGCCCGGUGGGGUAGGAGUAGUGUGGGACCUACAACACGUGCCUGAAUACGUGAGGAAAUUGCAAGAUUUACGGAUGGAUGAAAUUCGGGUAUCGGAACGCGUCACUGCAUAUAUGGUGAGUAGUCAUAUCGUGUCGUUUCGAAAGCCUUGUUAUCAGUUGCUACAAGCGCAGCAGCAGUAUAUGAUGGGCCCAGUUUAUUCUUAUGCUGGGGAAGUCAGACUUGACUGGAGAUGCCAUAAUUUGUGCUAAAAAUGAAAUUAUUAUUACACAUAUAGUGACAAUAAAUAAAGAGGCUUUUUAUUUGUUUUUUCCGGGAAUUUUGGGGAGGCAAAGCCAAGCCAAAAUUUAGAGGAAUUUUAGGGUAGAAGAGAAAUGAGAGGAAAUAUACUAAUGUUAUCAAUAUACUCCUACUAGCUUAUGUGAUUGUGAAUAUAUAUUACUAAAAUUAUAUACUAGUGUUAUUUUUAGUCUA